AUGAGCAGUUCCAAUGAUAUCGCCAGUAAGAUUCGGGAGGCGAACCGCCGCCGCGCGGAGGAGGGCAGUCGGAUUCGGCAGCUGCAGCAGGAGCGGCGUGAGGAAAUGUUGGAGCGCGAGGCGGAAAAGGCGGCCUCAAAACCAUCCGGUUUUAUUCCAUACAUCAUUAUCUCGCUUAUUUUCCUCAGUUUCCCCUUAUCAGAGCCCAUUGUGGACUGGGUGCUUGUCGCCUGCUUUGCUCUUCUGAACGGUGCGUGGGUUUUGUUCUUCCGCUCAGCCUCGUGGGUGAAUUGGGGCACACUCGCCUUAUGUGACUUCUCACUUAUCCGAAUUUCACAUGUGAUUCCACACAUUCCGCGCCUCAUCAAAGAAACGCCGCCUCACGUUUUGGCUGCUUUCAUUGGUGGAAACCUUGUUGCGAUGGUGAUAUUAUAUUACGCAUAUGUGGUGCGGAGGCUGCCGUGGAAAACAGAAGUCGGUUCAAAAAAACCCAAACGUGUGAAGCGAUCGGACGGGGAGGAGGUCGAAACAUUGGAGGAGUUUGCCCGUCGCCGCGAGCGGGCGAAUCGCAUUGACAAUAUGUUCUCCGGCCUAAUUGUUGCCAAUGUGGUGGUUCUUGUGCUGGUUGGUGCCAUCCCAUUCCGAACUGUCUUUGACGCGGUCAGGCAAAUCAUUGGAUUCUUCCAUUGA